AUGGAGAACACAUCUUUCUGGUUCAGCUCUGAGUUAACCCUCGACACAUUUGUUAUUCCACCUGGAGGAAAGUAUCCCAUAUUUGUAUUUGGUAUGGCGAUUUAUUUAUUUAGCAUCGUUUGCAACCUGACCUUGUUGAGUUUGAUCAUUCUAAAGAGCAACCUUCACAACCCCAUGUAUUUCAUCCUGUUUAGUCUUCCCCUCAACGACUUGAUAGGCAUAACUGCAAUGUUACCAAAGGUGCUUUCAGACAUCGUGACAGAGACAAACAAGGUUGACUAUCAUCUCUGUGUUUUACAAGCGUUCUUGCUCCACAUGUACGGUGGCGGAGUUUUGCUUAUUCUUGCAGCAAUGUCUUUUGAUCGUUAUGCUGCCAUCUGCAUGCCGUUACGCUACAGCUCCGUCAUGACCUCCAGAGUUGUCUUUGGUAUUAUCGCUCUAGUUUGGGGUCUUGACUUUGUCUUCAUUGUAUCUUUCUUCAUUUUACAGACAAGGCUUCCCAGGUGUAAAUAUGUGAUUAUGAAUGUAUUCUGUGACAACCCAUCUCUUCUGAAGCUCACGUGCGGAAACACGGCUAUUAAUAAUAUCGUAGGUCUAUUUAACACAGCUGUCAUGCAAGGCGGACCACUGUUAAUAAUAAUAUACAUGUAUGUACAGAUUUUGCAUACAUGUGUCAUGACCAGUCACACUGAUGCCUGGACAAAAGCCGUUCAGACAUGUGGCACACAUUUAGUUGUUUUCUUAUUCUUACUAAUGAAUACUACCUUUGCACUCAUUGCUCAGUGCAUCCCUGUACUUUAG